AUGAAUCUAGGAGAAGUUUCGGCCCACUGCUACAAUAUCACAACAUCUUACCUCUCAGCGAAUAACGAUUCAGCCAUCAUUGAGUCUACAAAGGUCGCCAUACGAAUUACGAGAAACCACUUCCUUCAAGAAAUCUUUCCGAGAUGGAAUCCAUUCAGCGACCAGAUUUCGUUUUCAUAUAAUGGUGGUAAAGAUUGCCAGGCGUUGCUGAUACUCUACCUCUCAUGCCUAUGGGAGUUUUUUUUGAGCAGCAUCCAAGUAUCGCAAUAUCCACCUGAAUACCACUUAUUUCCGCUCAAGUCUUUACCGACAGUAUACAUUAACCAGGCUGAAACAUUCAGGACUUUGGAGGAAUCAAUUGAAACCACCCGAAGUCGUUAUUUUUUAUCUGUCUACGAGUCACCGCGAAACCAAACUAGUAUGCCCGAAGCUUUCAAAAACUACCUCGAACACAACACACAUACCCAGGCUAUCGUAAUAGGAAUACGCUACACAGAUCCCUUUGGGGCAGACCUGAAGUGUGUUCAAAAGACAGAUAGUGACUGGCCAGAGUUUAUGAGAAUUCAGCCAUUAUUACAUUGGAGCCUUUCCAACGUAUGGAGCCUUCUGCUUUAUUCAAAUGAGGAAAUAUGCGGGUUAUACGAGAAAGGAUUUACCUCAGUAGGUUCUGUUAAUUCAACAAUACCUAAUCCAUACCUCAAAAGAAGCCCGGGCGCAGACCGCGAUAACAAUGGCUUAAAGAAUCACUUUGAAUGGGAAAUUCGAAAUGCUUAUGGCAAGGAAGAGCCCACGGACGAGGUCCGUGUUUCGGCGUUUUCUAGUUCUGACGCCAAAAUAUUACAGGAAGCAGGAACGUUAAAUUAUUAUCCAGGCUGGUUUCUCAUUGACGACAGCCUUGAACGAGCAGGAAGGGCACGUAGAUGA